CGCCCACCUUAUUUCUGCCGACUGCCUAUCGCAGUACAAAACCAGCGAACCCGUCUGGGCUGUUUCGACUCACAGCAACUCUCAAGCAAUACAAGGCACAAGGCAAAACUUAAAACCAAAACUAAAUACCAUGAAACUUGCUUACUGGGAUAUUCGUGGGCUGGCCCAGCCCAUCCGCCUGCUGCUUGAGUACACUGGGACGUCAUAUGAGGACAAGCUCUUUUCCUGCGGUGAAGCUCCCAACUAUGACAAGAGUUGCUGGUUUGAUGUAAAACCCAAACUUGGAAUGGACUUUCCCAAUUUACCCUACUUGGAGGACGGCACCAAGAAAAUUGUGCAGAGCAAUGCCAUCAUGAGAUACAUCGCUAGAAAGAACAAUUUGUGUGGAGAGACUGAGGAUGAGAUGGUCCGUGUGGACAUUUUGGAGAACCAGGCCAUGGACUUUCGGAAUGGCUUUGUGAGGUUGUGUUACACCGAUUUUGACAAGAUGAAGCCAGGGUACCUUGAGGCGCUGCCGGGUGUACUCAAGCAGUUUUCCAAUUUCCUGGGAGGUCGGAAGUGGUUUGCUGGUGACAAGAUUACUUUUGUGGACUUCAUCAUGUAUGAGUUGUUGGAUCAACACAGGAUGUUUCAUGCCAGCUGCCUGGAUGACUUCAAGAACCUCAGAGACCUUCUGGAUCGUUUCGAGGCACUCGACAAGAUUGCAGCCUACAUGAAGUCCAGUAGAUUCAUAAAGACCCCUGUCAACAACAAGAUAGCCAAAUGGGGCAACAAGAAAGAGUAAAGGCUAAAAAAAAAAGUGAAAAUGUUCUGCGUCUUCAAAAAUGUUCUAUUUGCGUUCAACAUGCAUCCAAAACGAUGAUUCUACUGUUCGGGAAUGGCGAAAAGAUGGAUUUCAAGCAUUGCGAAACGGUUAUACCCAGCAGAUGAAACUUAAACUCAUUUCUCAAUUUGCAACUUUAUUGACUUGCCUUCGAAUAAAUGUCUUGGUGUUAAUAAAUUCAUGUGGCAACAUUG